GAGUGGAUGUACGGCUGCGAUGUGGGGCCGGACCGACAGCUCCUCCAUGGGUAUGAACAAUUCGCCUACGAUGGCGCGGAUUUCAUCGCCCUGAAUGAGGACCUGCGCUCCUGGACCGCGGCGGACAUGGUGGCUCAGAUCACCAAGCGCAAAUGGGAGGACUCCGGUGAGGCAGAACGCGACAGGAACUACCUGAAGGGCACGUGCAUGGAGUGGCUCAGCAGACACCUGGAAACCGGGAAGGACACGCUGCAGCGCGCAGACCCUCCAAAGACACAUGUGACCCGCUACCCCAUCUCUGACCUUGAGGUUGCCCUGAGGUGCUGGACCCUGGACUUCUACCCUGCAGAGAUCACACUGACCUGGCAACAUGACGGGGAGGAUCUGACCCAGGACACAGAGCUUGUGGAGACCAGGCCUGCAGCGGAUGGAUCCUUCCAGAAGUGGGCAGCUGUGGUGGUGCCUUCUGGAGAGGAGCAGAGAUACACAUGCCAUGUGCAGCACGAGGGGCUGCCUGAGCCCAUCACCCUGAGAUGGGAACCUCCUCAGCCCUCUGUCCCCAUCACGGGCAUCAUUGCUGGCCUGGUUCUCUGUGUGGCCACUGGAGCUGUGAUCUGGAGAAAGAAGCGCUCUGGCAGAGAAGGAGGGAGCUAUGCUCAGGCUGCCAGCAGCAACAGGGCCCAGAGCUGUGAUGUUAAUAUCACAGUGCCUCACGUAGAGAUCCCUAGCCCUUUACAUUGUGUGAGGACAUAGCCAGAAGGUGGCAGCUAUGAACCAGGAAGAGGGUCCUUACCCAACCUUGCUGGUGCAGUGAUCUUGGCCGUCCUGGCCUCCAGAACUAUGAGCAGUAACUUUCUGUUAUUUAUAAACUAUGGUUGAUGCUAUUUUGUUACAGCAGCCCUAACAGAACUGUAGUUCCUGUUGCUCCACAUCCUCACCAGUACUUGGUAAUAUCAGUUUUUAUUUUAACUAAUCUAAUAGAUGUGUAGUGGCAUACUAUUUUUUUUAUUUGCAUUUCCCUAAUGACAUAUGAUAUUGAGCACCUUCUCAUAUGCUUUUUCAUAUACCACCUGUAUUGUCUUCAGUUAUGUGUUAUCUGUUUUCUUAUUGUUGAGUUUUAAGGGUUCUUUGUAUAUUUUAGAUACAAGUCUAUUAUCAGAUACGUGAUUUGCAAAUAUUUUCUCCACGUCUGUGGCCUGAAUUCUUUUACUGAAAUAACAGCAUAUACUAAUGACUAAAU